CAGAGCGCCGCAUGGACCUUGCGCGAUGCUUGAUGGGGCGAGUAGUCCCUUUGGGCCGCACCUGUGAGAGCGGAGGAACAAGCCUUGUUGGUGCCUGGGGCUGACCCAGAAGGAGGGACCCUGUGUGCUAGAAGGAGCGCGGCUACUGCUCCCGCCUCUCCCUUCCAGAGGCGCGGCGGGGGGGCGGGAGGCUCCAGGCUUUUUCUGUUGAGCCCUGCCGCGGGUCGUGUGUCACGUGAUCGUAUGUGCGGCAGUUUAUUGGGGCCGUUCUUACGCGGGCCCAUGGCGCGAGCUCGGGAGCUGCUAUGGGGUGCUCGAGGCCUGGCGCUGCUGUUGUGUCUGGGUGGAUCCUGCGGCAUAUGGAGGUAUAAAACUAAUGUAGAAAACUAUGCUCUCUUCACUACCAGAACCACUAUAUAUUUAGAGUAUGAAGGACCUUCAUUUGGGGAAUGGGACAUUUCUCCGUCAUGUACUGUUACAAAUAAAAGUUCACCUACAGCAACACUGCACUGUCCAGUUCCUGGAAUUCACAAGAUUACACCAAAAGUUGACAAUGAGACAUUUGAGGAUGUGGACCGCUAUUUGCCUAUCUCUGAACAGUUGAAUUGCUUUUUGUGGUAUGUGUUGAAAAGUUCUCCAGAGCACAGCUCCGUUCCAUCCUCAAAAAAUGAUAGCCAGGAGUUAAUCUUGUGGAUAUACGAUCCAGAAAAUGCAGAACCCUCUGAAUUGAAUCACACUGCAACGUCUCCUCCACCGAAUUCUAAGAUACUUAGCAAGCAGUUUUGGAAUUUGGGACAGGAACCUGUUGUUCAGACCUAUUUUAGAAAUACCAAAUACUUUGCCACUGCAUUUCCAGAGCUGGGAUUCUGGAAAAUUAAUGUACCUGCAAUGUUAGAUGACAUCAUAACUAAUAUCCAUGGAAAGGCAAUAGCUUUCCAGGAUUGUUUUGUUCUAGAUAGUCCCUUUAUCAUUUCCAGGCCUGAAGAGCCAUUUCCUAACAAUGUAAAUGACAAUUCCCUCUGUUCUCCAGCUGGUAGUGAGCCUUACAUUGAGUGGUCUGCCUGUAUUCCAACAACUGCACUUUUGUUGUCAGAAUUUGGAACUUUCCAUACAAAUGAUGGAUUCAUAACUUAUAAAGAAAUCAAAGCUCCAGCACACAAUUUGGGCUUUGACUUAAGUCAAAAAGUAACUGAUAUUGUUUUAACUGAUGAUGGAAUCUUAUUUUUAAUAAUGGGGACAGUUUACAAAAGAGAGUCCAAUCGGUUUUUUAAACUUGGAUCUGAAUACAAUCUACCAGAAACAGGAAUAACUGGAAUACAGUCAAGACUUUGGUGUUCAUCUGAAUAUCCAGUACAGAGUGGAAGAAAAUUAAGUACAGUAGCAAUAUGGACACCAACUGAACAAUAUCUAGGAUAUGAUGGCAAUGUGUUUAUUAAAAUAACAGAUACAACAACCCUAAAGAAGGUCCUAGAUUUUCCAGUGACUGCUUCUUUAUCUAUAGGCACUGUUUGCUAUGACUCACGCCCAUCUGAAGUUUCUUUGCUGAUGGCCUGCAUUGGGUGCAGCUCCUCCAGGGUGUUUUAUCUGUCAGCUUAUAAUGAAGACCGAGAUUUGUGGGUCCUAAGAGACUUUUCCUUAAAUGCUCCUCCCCAGGGUUUUAUGCUAAUGGAAUUUGUCUAUUCAGCAUCACCAUCUAUGCUGAUGUGGAACAAGGAAAUGGUCUAUUAUAGCUAUAAAAACAACACAAUUAAUGGAUUUGUUAUGGUAACUGGGUUAAAUCAGAAGCUAUUGGAAGUAUCUCAAGGGAGCACUAUUCACCAACUGGUUAUUGACUAUUUCGGGAACGCUGUGAUAAAAAUGAAAAACAAUGUCAUGAUUUUUUUUAAAGUUGAAAUGAAAAAUGCUGCGGAGCUCCCUCAAUGGGAAAAGAAAAGCAAAAACGUAGUCCUUUACUUGAAUCCAUCUGGUAACCUAUAUAUGCUGAUUAUCAAUGGUUCUAGUAUACACCGUGAGGUCUAUCCCUUGAAAACUGAAAUGUUUACUUACAUACAUGGUUUUCAAGAUAUUUGCCCAUAUCUAGUAUUUCAGCACAGCAUGGAUUUAAAUGUCUAUUAUCUGGACAUGGGAGAUGAAGUGACAUUUUGGGCUCAAAUAGUCUAUAUAGAGAAUUUGGGCUUAUCCACAGUUGUGGAAAUCUACAGGCCAGAACUGCUGAUGCAGACAACAGAUGUCAAUUAUGAAAUAGCUCGUGGAAUCUGUACUAAAAACCAGACAAUAAAAUUUUACCAUAAAAUGGACUAUAGCCUUGAACCUAAUUACACAGAAGCAUUACCUUCAGCUAUAACUUGUAUCAAACAUAAUUUUACUACUUACAAAAUACCCGGAUAUGAUGGCAGCACAUUUGUUGAAACAGUUGAGGCAAAUUUUAUAUUAUGGGAGAUUCAUGGCAGAAGUGACUACAGCUACAACUCAUCUAUGAAGCAGGUGGGUUGUUUGCGUGAAGCACAGACUUGGAUUUCAAUGCUUGAGGAACAUGAAAACAGUACAUUAGACGAAAUAUGGGGGCCACAGAAUUACAGAUCCUGCUUUCAGUCUGAACUUGGACCUCUAGGAGACCUAAAUCAGCUGUAUCAAAUUUUGAACCACUCUGGUUACAAUUCUCUCAUUUGGCCGACUGAGUACAGUGGCAUUUAUGUGUUCAGAGUGAAAAUAGUGGACCCAAAUUUCAGUUUUUGUGACUUAAAUACAAUCUUUGCAGUCCGUACAUAUGGCAUAGUAGAAAGUCCAAACAUUGGUAAGGUUGCUGGCUUUUCAAUCCUCAUACUGUCCAUUUUGGGAGGCAUCCUUAUUGUAAGCUACUUCAGGUAUGUGAAGAUUUAUCGAGCACUCAUUUAUGUUGAUCCACUGCCAUCACAUGACCAACAAGAUCAAACAAGAAAGACAGCACAUGAGUUGAAGAAGGACCAAUAA